UUAUUACAAAGAGAAUAUCGCUGGAUCCAGAUUGGACAAGUUGGGAAUUCACAAGACGCCAACGUUCCAUUGCUAUCUAAAAGGGAAAAGGGUAGAUGAGGUUUCCGGUGCUUCUAUCAAACACUUGAAAAAGAGACUUGAAAAUGUCUACAAUCCAUCUGGGAUGAAGAAAAGGAGGAAAGAUGAGAAUAAUAGAGGAUUUGUUACAGUACAUCCAAGUAUGUUUCCUGAAACAUCAUUUAUUCAGAUGAAGGCCGAACUUCGACAAGAAAUUUUUAAUUUUGAUGGUGAGGAAAAGAUGUAUGAUGAGGAAAAGAUGACAGAUGACGAGUACAAGAUGGCAAAGGACAAGAAUCACAAGAUGAUGUGGUUUGCCAAAGGGUUGCUUUCAAGUGAAAAGAAGAGAAAGAUGUUUUGUAAAUUGAAAGAUCCUGAAGCCAAGCGCGAAUGGAUUGAGAGUGAAAUGGCUAAGGAAUGAACUGGAAGUACUUGUAUCAUGGUACAUGUUACGUUGUU